AGAUCACAUAGUUGUCUUGAGGGCUGACAAGGGGAACGUUACUGUAAUUAUGAGCAGAGAUGAAUAUUUUGGAAAAUGUACGGCACUUCUCAAUGAUACACAUACCUAUCAAACGUUGGAAUCUGAUCCCACAGUUCGCAUCCAGAACAAGAAUAAUAGAUUCGUCAAGAUCCUGCUGAACAAAGACCUAAUAUCGGAAACUGUCGCGGAGAAAUUAACCUGUAAUAACGGCAUUUUCCCUAAGAUGUAUUUUCUUCCCAAGAUACACAAGACUGGCAUACCGUUGAGACCGGUCUUGAGCUUUGUAGGUUCCCCUAUUUAUCAGUUGUCAAAAUUUGUCGCCGAUCUAUUAAAGCCAAUAUUCGUCAAAGAUGAACAUUAUGUCCGGAACUCCUUUGAUUUUUUCAAUUCGAUAAAUGGAACCAAACUACCACCUGACUAUAUAUUGGUAUCACUUGAUGUCGUUUCUCUCUAUACCAACACACCUACAGAUUUAGCAUUGCAGAUCAUUGAAGAAAGUUGGAAUGUAGUUUCCGACCCCUCACCCGAUUUUGAUUUCAACACUUUCAAGUUGGUUUACAACUUUUUGAUAGCCAGCAGCUAUUUCUGUUUCAGCGGACAAUUUUAUCAUCAGAUUUUUGGUUUCGGAAUGGGAAAUUGUGUUUCACAGAUUUGCUGUGACAUUGUAAUGGUGAAACUUCAGAAUUCUUGUCUUUCCCGAUUACCUUUCUGGGUGCCCAUUUUUAAACGCUACGUUGACGACAUUUUCAUUGCUAUACCCGUUAACACUGAACAACUCGUUUUGGACACAUUCAACUCCUUCCACCCUAAAUUACAAUUCACUUUAGAAUUGGAAUCAAAUAACGCUCUGAAUUUUCUUGACAUGAGAGUUGAGCGUGUGGACGAAAAUGUUUUAUAUGUCGAUUGGUACCAGAAACCUACUUUCUCUGGUAGAUAUAUAGGUUUUCACUCCCAUCAUGCCAUGAUACAUAAAGUAAACAUCAUACGAAAUCUGAAGUUCAGAGCCCUAAACCUGUCUGAUUGCAGAUUUCACGAAAAAAACCUUAAAAAAAUCAGGUCUAUCUUACUGGGCAAUAGCUAUCCGGCGUCUCUCAUUGACAGAAUUUUAAGGGAACCCCCCAAACUCCCCCCACCCCAGGACAUUACGUCUAAGGAACCUCCGAAUGCAGUUCCGAGUUACCACAGACUCAUUUACAUCAAAGGCCUUUCAGAAAGACUUUCAAAAAUUAUUAAAAAGGAGGACGUUAGGUUGUCCUUCAAGAGUUCGAACACCUUAGGUAGACACUUUUUCAGUAUCAUCAAAAACCCGACACCAACCUUUCUGAACUCCAACGUGGUUUACAAGAUCGACUGUUUGAACUGUUCUCAAGUUUAUAUAGGGCAGACGGGCCGAUAUCUGAAGUCCAGAAUCCAAGAACAUAUUAGAUCUGUUCGUUUGCCGAUUUCCAACCCCAAAACAGCUUUAGCCGAACAUUGUGUGAACGCGGGACAUAUCUUUAAUUUUGAAGACGUCCGCAUACUAAAUAGGGAGUCAUACCUGAGUAAUCGAUUGAUUUAUGAGAUGCUGCAGAUAAGUGUCCAUGACUCAGUGAACUCUAGAUCUGAUAUUCAACAACUCAGCAGAUUUUAUUACUCCCUAUUGAAAAUGAAAAUGAACCAACUAACAAGAGGUGGAAGAUGAAAUGAGAUCAACUUUUAUUUUCUAAACCCCUCUCAAUUUCACUCUUGAUUUCUCAGCACAUCACACGCGUGGGUACGCCUAUGUCUUUUUACCUUUUUUACCUUGUUUCAUUUCCCGAUCAGCUGUUUCUUUAAUUUCACCUCCGUCUGUCGGCAUAUCGUUGUAUCGGUCGCACUGUUGUCGUCCCCGCUUUUCAAUCAAUUAUACAUGAUUUUAACAUUAAAUAUUGGAGAAUGGAUUUGAGAUUUCAUGGAGUGAUUUUGGGAGGAUACAUUUGUCUAGUUUAGCCCUGAAGAUGGAAAAAUACAUUUCCGAAACGUCGGCGAACUGACAGAGUAUCAUUCUCCUGCUUACUUCUGAUCCUUACACCACCAAACCUAUUUUGAAUGAAAAUUUUUGGAUCACUACUUCAGAUUUGUGAGAUACUUUAUGGUUUUUCAUUGACAACAUCUCUAAUAUGGGUUUUAUGGAGGACGUCAAGCACCGAUAUGGUUUGGAGACUCUAAGGAACUUCAAACAGUGGGCAAAUCAGGUGAAAAAGCGAGCAAGUCUGGAAAAUCACAGAAAAUUUCUUUUACGCUGUAGGAAACAUAAGGUUCUACCCUCUCAUAUCACACGAUACGUUAACUGUAUUUCUAGUCUGGUUCUGUCCAACAGUCCUUUUGUCAACCAUUGUUACAACGCACUGACUCAGUUUCAGUUUCGAGUGCUUAAUAUUGAGAUAUGUUUUUACCAUUGGAAAUUAAGACAGAUUAAACAUAAUAUUGACGUUAUAAAGUCAAAACUUAGAAAUGAAAUACCGGAAGAUUUGUUCUUCUCUUUCUCGACCAGACAGAAUAGGUUUUAUAGUUUCAAAUUUCACCAGAUUAGAAAUAAACAAAUGGUCAAGUUUAAUAACUUGAUGAAUAUGCGAGUACCUUCUUGUCUUCAAACUACCACCGACAAAUGGAUUAUGAACUUUUCGGAUCUCUCCAUACCCAAUAAUGUGCAAUAUUUUCUCAGCAUGGGUCAUAAAUUCAAUCUUCCUUACACCAAAACAAUACCUGUGAUGGACGUGAUCGUUGACUGCGAGAGGGUUAUCGGUAAACACGACUUUGAGAAUAGAGAUUUGAUUAGGGGUAGAGUUGUUAACACUAUUACGAAUUUUUUAAAUUCAAACCAAUAUUCUAAAUCUUUCAGUCCCUCCUUGUAUCGGGAUAUGAGGGAUACUCAGACGUUUCUCUCGAACAAUAAAGAUCACAUAGUUGUCUUGAGGGCUGACAAGGGGAACGUUACUGUAAUUAUGAGCAGAGAUGAAUAUUUUGGAAAAUGUACGGCACUUCUCAAUGAUACACAUACCUAUCAAACGUUGGAAUCUGAUCCCACAGUUCGCAUCCAGAACAAGAAUAAUAGAUUCGUCAAGAUCCUGCUGAACAAAGACCUAAUAUCGGAAACUGUCGCGGAGAAAUUAACCUGUAAUAACGGCAUUUUCCCUAAGAUGUAUUUUCUUCCCAAGAUACACAAGACUGGCAUACCGUUGAGACCGGUCUUGAGCUUUGUAGGUUCCCCUAUUUAUCAGUUGUCAAAAUUUGUCGCCGAUCUAUUAAAGCCAAUAUUCGUCAAAGAUGAACAUUAUGUCCGGAACUCCUUUGAUUUUUUCAAUUCGAUAAAUGGAACCAAACUACCACCUGACUAUAUAUUGGUAUCACUUGAUGUCGUUUCUCUCUAUACCAACACACCUACAGAUUUAGCAUUGCAGAUCAUUGAAGAAAGUUGGAAUGUAGUUUCCGACCCCUCACCCGAUUUUGAUUUCAACACUUUCAAGUUGGUUUACAACUUUUUGAUAGCCAGCAGCUAUUUCUGUUUCAGCGGACAAUUUUAUCAUCAGAUUUUUGGUUUCGGAAUGGGAAAUUGUGUUUCACAGAUUUGCUGUGACAUUGUAAUGGUGAAACUUCAGAAUUCUUGUCUUUCCCGAUUACCUUUCUGGGUGCCCAUUUUUAAACGCUACGUUGACGACAUUUUCAUUGCUAUACCCGUUAACACUGAACAACUCGUUUUGGACACAUUCAACUCCUUCCACCCUAAAUUACAAUUCACUUUAGAAUUGGAAUCAAAUAACGCUCUGAAUUUUCUUGACAUGAGAGUUGAGCGUGUGGACGAAAAUGUUUUAUAUGUCGAUUGGUACCAGAAACCUACUUUCUCUGGUAGAUAUAUAGGUUUUCACUCCCAUCAUGCCAUGAUACAUAAAGUAAACAUCAUACGAAAUCUGAAGUUCAGAGCCCUAAACCUGUCUGAUUGCAGAUUUCACGAAAAAAACCUUAAAAAAAUCAGGUCUAUCUUACUGGGCAAUAGCUAUCCGGCGUCUCUCAUUGACAGAAUUUUAAGGGAACCCCCCAAACUCCCCCCACCCCAGGACAUUACGUCUAAGGAACCUCCGAAUGCAGUUCCGAGUUACCACAGACUCAUUUACAUCAAAGGCCUUUCAGAAAGACUUUCAAAAAUUAUUAAAAAGGAGGACGUUAGGUUGUCCUUCAAGAGUUCGAACACCUUAGGUAGACACUUUUUCAGUAUCAUCAAAAACCCGACACCAACCUUUCUGAACUCCAACGUGGUUUACAAGAUCGACUGUUUGAACUGUUCUCAAGUUUAUAUAGGGCAGACGGGCCGAUAUCUGAAGUCCAGAAUCCAAGAACAUAUUAGAUCUGUUCGUUUGCCGAUUUCCAACCCCAAAACAGCUUUAGCCGAACAUUGUGUGAACGCGGGACAUAUCUUUAAUUUUGAAGACGUCCGCAUACUAAAUAGGGAGUCAUACCUGAGUAAUCGAUUGAUUUAUGAGAUGCUGCAGAUAAGUGUCCAUGACUCAGUGAACUCUAGAUCUGAUAUUCAACAACUCAGCAGAUUUUAUUACUCCCUAUUGAAAAUGAAAAUGAACCAACUAACAAGAGGUGGAAGAUGAAAUGAGAUCAACUUUUAUUUUCUAAACCCCUCUCAAUUUCACUCUUGAUUUCUCAGCACAUCACACGCGUGGGUACGCCUAUGUCUUUUUACCUUUUUUACCUUGUUUCAUUUCCCGAUCAGCUGUUUCUUUAAUUUCACCUCCGUCUGUCGGCAUAUCGUUGUAUCGGUCGCACUGUUGUCGUCCCCGCUUUUCAAUCAAUUAUACAUGAUUUUAACAUUAAAUAUUGGAGAAUGGAUUUGAGAUUUCAUGGAGUGAUUUUGGGAGGAUACAUUUGUCUAGUUUAAGAGAAAGAGAAAGAACUUUUUCAGGCUGUGUACACGUUCCUUAUAUUUUCAAGUUACUGUAUAGAUAUAUUAACCACACCAUCUUUUCUUGUGAUAUUUUUCUAGUCAACAACUUAUAA